CGCGCUUACCUCCGUCCCGCCCCUUCCGGUCGCAGGGACGUUCGGACUGGACGGAGCGGUCGCGGCUGAGUGGGACGCGGGAGCUAGAGGCCUUGCGUGUUUUCACGUGGGCUCUCUGCAGAUGCCGACUUCCUUUCCCGUUCCGAGUUGGAGGUCCCAGCGACGUAAAUAGCUUCUAAAGAAUCACUACACUGAUGGCUGGCAUUUUGCACUCAGUGUUUCAGAGGCCUCCAGGUGGACUGCAGACUGUGAAAAAAGGUGUGGAAUCUCUCAUUGGUACAGAUUGGAUUCGUCACAAAUUUACCAGAUCAAGGAUUCCAGAUAAAGUGUUUCAGCCUACACCUGAAGAUCAUGAAAAAUACGGUGGGGACCCCCAGCACCCUCAUAAACUGCACAUUGUUACAAGAAUAAAAAGUACAAAAAGGCGUCCAUACUGGGAAAAAGAUACGAUCAAGAUGCUUGGACUUCAGAAGGCACAUACCCCUCAAAUUCACAAGAACAUCCCCUCGGUGAAUGCAAAGUUGAAAGUGGUUAAACACUUGAUACGCAUCCAGCCCCUGAAGCUGCCACAAGGACUUCCCACAGAAGAGACCAUGUCUCACACUUGCCUCAAGAGCACCGGGGAGCUGGUAGUACAGUGGCAUCUGAAGCCUGUGGAGCAGGAAGCAAAGUCCUGAUGCUGCACAGCUGAGAUUACAAAUCGCAGUUAAUGAGGAAAUGGUUCUCAUUAAAGUGUAUUCCAAUCCAGUCAUUUCCACUGACGAAAGCUGCUGUGAUUCUUUCUCGAGAUAAAGACUUGGUUAAAUUCUC